AUGGUUCUCCACACUCCGUCCGGUACUAUGCCCCGCCAUGUCGAUCGGAAAGCUCUCUAUACCGAUCUUGAAGCACGGGUCCACUAUCUGCAGCAGUUCCUUGGGUUUAAUGCUGAUGAUGUUGCCGCGCUCAACAAAGGUUCCAAACAUAUCAAGGCCAUGGCACCGACUCUGGUGGAUCGUGUCUACGCGAAACUCCUAGAGACAGAUAUCACCGCUCGUGUUUUCAAGACGCGCACCACGACCUCAGAGGACUAUGAUGGUGAUUAUCCUGAGUUCAAGAGUCCGUACAUCCAGUGCCGUCGGAUGUUUUUGCGAUGGUACAUGACCAAGCUCUGCUCUGACCCAACCAAGCUCGAGUUCUAUGCGUACCUGAAUAAAGUGGGACGAAUGCACGAUGGCAAAGACCGCAUGAUAUCGUUUGAUGUUGAAUACAUUCACAUUGGGGCUUGUCUCGGCUACAUCCAGGACAUGUUAAUCGAAGCAGUCAUGGGAUAUGACAAAAUUUCCUUUCCCUUCCGGCUGGCGUUGCUUCGAGCUCUCAACAAGGUGAUCUGGAUUCAAAACGACCUCUUUGCUCGGUGGCGGGUUCGGGAUGGGGUAGAGUUUGAAACGGAGAUUGAAGCAGCCCACCAGGAUCGAAAAGCAGAGCCGAAGGCAGCAGCGGAAAAGCCUUCCCCAAGGAAUCAGAGUCAUGAUCGACCAGGUAGCGCAAGGACCGGUUCAUCUUCGUGGACUGAAUCGACCAGUCUCUUCUCCGAAGCGGUGUCUUCUGCACCAACGCUGUCAACAACUAGCACGCAGAAUCCAUCUUCUCAUCACUCGGUCUGUCCGUUCUCGCAUACCAGCUCAUCCUCAUUCGAAACAAAGGUCUGGUCCGGGGGUGAGACAAGUCGCAGUGCCGGAAAUGAUGAAUGA